AUACUGCGUAUGAAUAAAGCAAAAACGUGAUUCACCAUCCUCUGAACGUAAAGUGUCUGUGACUGCCCACCCAAAGUCCUUUUCCUCUGCUUUAUAGCAAGUGAAACGAUGUCGGUAAAUUCUGGUGAAAGAAAGGGUGAAGAGUGGACCGGAGAUCCUAAGAACGGCCCGGGAGAUGAGAAGCCAAUGUAUGAUGGACCUCCAGGCAUGGAGCCUGAUGGCAUCAUCGAGUCAAACUGGGAGGAGGUGGUGGAUAACUUUGACGACAUGAAUCUCAAAGAAGAACUCUUAAGAGGGAUCUAUGCAUAUGGUUUUGAGAAGCCUUCUGCUAUUCAACAGAGGGCCAUCAUGCCAUGUGUCAAAGGUCAUGAUGUCAUCGCUCAAGCGCAAUCAGGUACUGGUAAGACUGCUACAUUUUCCAUAUCCAUUCUCCAACAGAUUGACACCUCAAUUAGGGAGUGUCAAGCUCUCAUCCUUGCUCCCACCCGAGAGUUGGCCCAACAGAUCCAAAAGGUGGUGAUUGCUCUGGGAGAUUUUAUGAAUGCCAUGUGUCAUGCCUGCAUUGGUGGCACGAACGUACGAGAGGACAUCAGGAAACUUGAGAUGGGAGUUCAUGUUGUUGUGGGAACACCCGGUCGAGUCUACGACAUGAUCAACCGAAGGGCGUUAAGGACCAGUAGUAUCAAAAUUUUUGUCUUGGAUGAAGCCGACGAAAUGCUUUCAAGAGGGUUUAAAGACCAAAUUCACGAUGUCUUCAGGACUCUGGGUUCAGAAGUACAGGUCAUCUUGCUAUCUGCCACCAUGCCGAUUGAGGUGUUGGACGUGAGCAAGUGCUUCAUGAGAGAACCUAUUAGGAUCCUUGUCAAGAAAGAGGAGUUGACCCUAGAAGGUAUUAAACAGUUCUUCGUCUUUGUUGAUAAAGAGGACUGGAAACUUGACACCCUCUGUGACUUGUAUGACACUCUUAGCAUUACGCAAGCUGUAAUAUUCUGCAACACCAGGCGCAAGGUAGAUUGGCUGACAGAAAACAUGCACACCCGAGACUUCACUGUUUCCGCCAUGCACGGAGACAUGGAGCAGCGAGAGCGAGACUUGAUCAUGCGUCAGUUCCGUACUGGCUCUAGCAGAGUUCUGAUUACCACUGACCUCUUGGCUAGAGGUAUCGAUGUCCAGCAAGUGUCGUUGGUCAUCAACUACGACUUGCCUUCAAACCGAGAGAACUACAUUCACAGGAUUGGCCGAGGUGGACGUUUCGGCAGGAAAGGUGUUGCCAUUAACUUCGUCACAGAGCAAGACAAACGUGUACUAAACGAUAUUGAACAAUUUUAUAACACUACGAUAGUUGAAAUGCCGAUGAAUGUUGCCGAUCUAAUCUAGUGACCUAGCCAAGAUUAUGGUGUGAGUAUCGGAUCGCGCCGUGUUAUAUUGUGACGUGUAUUUUUGAUCGGCCUGCUUAAGAUGCGCUCUUGAUUCUACUGAGAAAGUGGUUGCUCUUAUCCAUAAUUUCUGAAAAGUGACUUGAAAGGUUAGGGGUGCCCUAACCUCAAUACUGAGUGAUUUGAUUCGUCAAUCCUCAACUAAGUCUCCUUGGAGGCAUUAUUCGGUGUUAAUAGGUGUAUUGUUUAUUGUUAAUGUGUAUUAUGCUUUACAUGAUGGUACAUGAGUGGUAUCCUAUGUUUAUUAUACAUUACGUUAUGUUUUAUUAUUCCAAACUGGCGAUCUUAAAGCUACAUUUUUUUGAUGUUACAGAUCUUUCAAUUACUUCAAAAUCACCAUUGUCUCUCCCUAAUAAUUUAUAUUUUGAGUUCUUUUCUUCAUUUAGAUUAAUACCUACGCUUACAUUUUGUUGUUUAAGAAAAAGUUUAGUUGGUCUUUGGAAGGGGUUUUUCAAUCAAAAACGUUGUAGACGAAAACCUUUAGAAGUGGUUUUAGUGGCUACGGUUUUUUGUAUAUUAUUUAAUAUAAAUAAACAUAAUAAACAAACGCUUGUUCUAUAUUGCCUUGACCUCUUGCUUUGUUAUAAGGAAAUGGUUUGUAUACUAGUGUAUAUUUUUAUAUUACAAUUGUGUUGUAUUUACAGGGAUUUCUCCCGUUCAUCAGUGGAGAAGACAUUUCGGAAAUAAAGAUCAAAUCUUUCCAAAUUGAAGCUCAUCAA